GGACAAUAUCAGUCUGCCCCUCCACACUACAGAAAUGUGUUAUAUUUAAUGAAACUAUUACAGAAGUGUUGGGGAGAUUGGGGUUAGUUGUAACACCAUGAAUUACAGUGGUUAGGUGACACACACUCUGCACAUGCUCAGUAGUGUGCUCUAGCCCAAGGGCUCCCAAACUUUUUGAGCAAAUGACCCCAAAUGGACAUUAUGAAUUUUCUUCAACCGAAUGCCUUUACCACACUACUACUACUAAAAAAAAUAAAAUAAAAAAAAAUUCAACUUUAUGAAUUAUUCUCAAUUACAAUUUCAAUUAUUUGUUCUUACAUAAUGCAACUGAAAUAUUAUGCAAUUUAUUUAGAAAUUUACAUCACACCAAACAGUGCAAACGAUAAUUAUUUUAAAGAAAGGAUAUUUAAAGAAAGGAUUUUUUUUUUAAACAUUGUUCGCACUUUAUGCUAUAGAUGGCGCUGUUACUAUUUUUGCACAGCAACCGAAAAGACAAGUUUGGGCAUUCUUCUCAAAUCCGAGUUCCCCAAAUCAACAUGGCUGAUAUAAACAGCAUCAGAAAUAAACACUGUAAAAGAACUAUGUACAGUACUAAGUACAGUCUCCUCUGAAACUACUGGAAGAGAAGAGAAGUUAGAACGCCCUGCAUACUGAUUUUCCUCACAGCUACCAGGCUCACAACAAUGUGAUCUAUUCUCAGUAUUUAUGUCCAGAAGAAAAGUAAAAAAAAAAAAAAAAAACAGGAUAUAUAUGUGUAAUCAAACACAAUUCUCAUCUUUACUCUUACACACGUUUAUGCAUUUUAUAAAUGUGCAGAGAUUUUUGUAUGAUUUAAUUCUUUUAAUCUUCAGCACGGCUUGUGCUUUUUAAAUACCUGAUUAAUAUUUUAAGACUAGCCGAACAUAUAUCACAUCACACAUUCUCUGAUUUAAAGCUAAUAUAAAUAAAUAAAUAAAUAAAUAAAUAAAUAAAAGAAAAGAGCAGCAGGUUUAACAUGUCCUCUUUUUGAUUUUGUAAAAACCGAAAAUGCUACAUUUUGUACAGGUUGUAAAAGAUUAAUUAGAUCUGAGAUUAGAUUAGAUGAAUUAGCUCUUUAGCACACUAAACUGUGUCCAGAUGUGAGACAAGUUUGAGAGAGGAAACUAAUCGUCACUCCUUUGACAACCACAAUAUUAUAAUACAUAUAUAUACAUAUCACACAUUCUGAAUUGACGUGAUGAUGCACGGCCACACUACUUUGCAUAAAUAAGCACCCAUGUAUAAUCAUAAAUGGUCAAAAUCGGAGCACUCGGCUCCUGAACACUGCUUAUUGCGGAUUGCAUGAAGCGUGUGAAAAGGUCCAAGAAGAUGAUUGUCAUCGACAGUGAAGUAAAGUUACUGUUGCAUGAAGUUGAGCAAAACAAAAAUGCUUUAUUUGACACUUGCUUUGUCUAAUAAUUUUUUUUUUUUAGAAAAGAUGAAGAAGAAUUUAUAAGUGCAUGUUUGAAUUCUAUAGUCCCAAUUAAAUUUAGAAAUUCAUCAUUCCAAAUACGGUUUUGGAAAUUCAAUGUGUUAUGAGUUUUUACUCACACACAGCUGUAUGCUUUAACAGUACUGAGUGUGCUGAAAAGAUCUUCAGUACGAGCAUUAGGGCCUUUUAUGAUUUCAUGACCCUGAUCACACCCUGGAUAUUUUUCACCACAGAUACAAGUAUAAGAAUACAAGUAUUGGGUUUCAGUAAUACUCAAGUAAAGUAUACGGACAUAAAAUGAUACUUUUUAGGUGUAUGAUGACUUUUAGGUCUAUGAUGUAGACUAUAAAGCACUUCUAUAAGCUGCUCUGGGUGGAAAGUGUCUGCAUAAUGAUAUAAAUGUAAAGGUUUUGAGUGUUGAAUUCUGACACAGAGAAUUUAUGCAGUCCAUUGGCCAUGUCUAUUGAGAGUCUAAAGAGAGUAAUUGUAGACAUGGGCCUCAAAAAGUGUUUGAUGAUGUUUGAUGUGGUCUCACCACAUCUUCCUGCCCAGUUUACACACAGAGUUCUUCAGCGCUGGGGGCUACGGUGGAGACUGUAGAGAUCUAGACUUAAAACAGAUUGAAGUCUCAUUGUAGUUCCAGUGUCUUUAUAGGGAGAUGAUGAAAUCAGUUUAUGAAAACUCGAGAUUUGCAGCACACAGCAGUUCAGCUGAUCUAAACGACAGCACGGACUCGUAUGAAGAUAUCUACGCAAAUGAAGAUGUAAUAGAAAUGCAAGUGACCAGAAGCAAUAAAGAGGCUAUGACUUCAGAACCAAACACCUCAGGACAUAGAUGCUACAGACUGGCUGUGGUGUGUCUGCUGAUGCUGAUUGUUCUUCUGCUGGCUGCCAUCGCAAUACUGUGGUUCAAGCUGACUACAAAGAAAGACCAAAUACAGACCAGUAAUAACAACAUGACUACACACAGAGACCAGUUACAGACCAGUUGCAGCAACCUGACUGCUGAGAGAGACCAGUUAACGACCAGUUAUAAAAAAUCAGCUGAAGAAAGAGACCAGUUUCUGAGGAAGACAGAAGAACUCCAGAACAGGAUUUCUCAACUGGAGAGAGAUAUUAACACACCAGGAUGGAAAUACUUCAGCUCCAGUAUUUACUACAUCUCUACUGAGAAGAAGAGCUGGAGUGAGAGCAGACACGACUGCCAGGGAAGAGGAGCAGACCUGGUGAUCAUAAACAGCAGAGAGGAACAGGACUUUGUUGAGGUGUGGAGAAGAGGUAAAUCUGCUUGGAUUGGUGCGACUGACAGAGACAUGGAGGGGGUCUGGAAAUGGAUGGAUGGUACAGCAGUGACCAAUGGGUUCUGGAGACAGGGUGAACCCAACAAUGUUGGGGAUGAGGACUGUGCUGUAUCUGGCUAUCAGUCUGAGCCUGUACCAAAUUGGUUUGAUGUAUCCUGUGCUCUGCAGAAUGUUUGGAUCUGUGAGAAGAGAAUUAAUAGAUCUCCAAGUAAAAGACAUCGAAGGCUCUUUGUAGAUUCAGCGUCUUUUUACGGACGGGAACGUGAACAAAACAUGAGUGAAUCGGUUUAUGAAAACAUAGUAUUUUUGCCAGGCAGCAGCUCAGCUGUUCUUAAGGAUGAUAGGAAUUCAUGUGAAGAUAUCUACAUGAAUCAAGUCAGAGAAACUCAAGUGACCGGAUGCAAGAAAGAAACUAUGACUUCAGAACCCAGCAUGGUAGGAUGCAGAUGUUUCACACUGGCUAUGUGUCUGCUGAUGCUGGUUCUUCUCUUGCUGGCAGCUACUGCAAUACUGUGGGUCAAUUUUAACAACCUGACUAUAGAGAAACACCAUCUACAGACCAGUUACAAUAAUCUGACUACAGAGAGAGACCAUCUACAGACCAGUUACAAUAAUCUGACUAUAGAGAAACACCAUCUACAGACCAGUUACAAUAAUCUGACUACAGAGAGAAACCAUCUACAGACCAGUUACAAUAAUCUGAUUAUGAAGAGAGAUCAGUUAGAGACCAGUUACACCGACCUGACUACAGAGAGAGACCAGUUAGUGACCAGUUACAAAAAUCUGAUUGCUGAGAAUGAACGGUUAAAGACCAGUAACAAAAAAGUGGCUGAAGAGAGAGACCAGUUUCAGAAGAACAGAGAAGAACUCCAGAGGGGGCUUUCUCAGCUGAAGAGAGACAUUAACACACCAGGAUGGAAAUACUUCAGCUCCAGUAUUUACUACAUCUCUACUGAGAAGAAGAGCUGGGAUGAGAGCAGACACGACUGCCAGGGAAGAGGAGCAGACCUGGUGAUCAUAAACAGCAGAGAGGAACAGGACUUUGUGGAUGUGUGGAGAAGAGGUGAGGCGGGUUGGAUUGGUCUGACUGACAGAGAAAGGGAAGGGGUCUGGAAAUGGGUGGAUGGUACAGAAUUGACCAAUGGGUUCUGGGGUGAUGGAGAACCCAACAGCAAAGGUGAUGAGGACUGUGCUUUAUCUGGCUAUUGGUCUAAAUCUGCCCUGAACUGGGUUGAUAUUUCCUGUAAUGACCGGUUUGUCUGGAUCUGUGAGAAGAACAUUUUGAGCUGAAAUGUGAUAUAUGAAUGAAAUUGAUUUCAGAUCAUAAGUUUUUUUUUCUUUUUCUUAAAUAAUCUGAUGUUUGUAUUAGUGGAGAGAGAAUAAAACCAGCCCGACCUUCUCCCAGGAACACAUCACAGGAACUGUACCACAGAAGUAGCUGUUGUGUUGUUAGCUCUUUAUGCUAAUACAUUUUCUUUUACAUUUACAUAUUUCUACUUUGAUGGAUAAGGUUAACCUUGUAAAAUCUGACUUUAUUCAUUUAUACAGGAAAACUUAAUAAACAUGACGAAGCAAUAAAUUAGUUCUCUGUCAGAAAUUACUCACAGGUGCACGAGGUAAGACA